UCUCACCUCGUCUUCGAAAAUAAGACUGUCACAUCUCCCGGAGAUGACAAUGGUCGGCAAAUCUCUCGGAAAGAACUUUAAAGACUGUGACGGAAAAGUCGCCGGGAAAAGCCAACGAAAAGUGGGACUUAUUUACGAUGAGACGAUGUGCAAACACGACACACCUGACGGUGAAGUUCACGUAGAGUGUCCCGAUCGCAUCAGAGUUAUCUGGGAGAAGCUUCAGCUCGCUGGAGUCACUCAAAGAUGUGUGGUUCUUGGUGGCAGCAAAGCGGAAGAUAAACAUCUCCAGUUAGUUCACACAAAGAAACAUGUUAAUUUAGUUAAGAGGAUUACCACAAAACAGAAAGAUCAUCGGAGAAACAGGACUGCUUCACAGUUUGAUUCAAUAUAUCUGAAUGGAGGUUCAUCUGAAGCCGCAUAUCUUGCAGCUGGAUCUGUUCUGAAGGUGGUGGAGAAAGUUGCACAAGGAGAAUUAGAUUGUGGCUUUGCUAUUGUCAGGCCCCCAGGGCACCAUGCUGAGGCAGGUGAAGCCAUGGGUUUUUGUUUAUUCAACAAUGUUGCCGUUGCUGCAAGUUAUUUACUAAACCAAAGACCGGAUCUAGGUUUUAAGAAAAUUCUGAUUGUUGAUUGGGAUAUCCAUCACGGAAAUGGUACACAGAAGAUGUUCUGGAAAGAUCCUCGUGUACUAGUUUUCUCUGUUCAUAGGCAUGAUCACGGAAGUUUUUAUCCAUCAGGUGAUGAUGGAGAUUAUAACAUGGUUGGGGAAGGUCCAGGUGAAGGGUUUAACAUAAACGUUCCAUGGGAGCAAGGAGGUUGUGGAGAUGCAGAUUAUCUUGUCGCAUGGGACCAUAUCUUGAUUCCUGUGCUGAAGGAAUAUAAUCCCGAUAUUAUUUUGCUUUCAGCUGGAUUUGAUGCAGCUAUUGGUGAUCCACUCGGGGGUUGUUGUGUAACACCAUAUGGAUAUUCAGUUAUGUUGAAGAAGCUGAUGGAGUUUGCACAAGGAAAGAUAGUACUGGCGUUAGAGGGAGGGUACAAUCUUGAGUCAAUGGCAAUGUCUUCACUCGCAUGUGUCCAAGUUUUACUUGAAGAAAAACCAAUUCAAUGUUCUUCUGGAACAUACCCAUUAGAAUCUACACGGCGUGUAAUACAAGUGGUACGCAAGAGACAUUGCAUGUAUUGGCCCUCACUUGCAGAUGAAUUAUCGUGGAAGCUAAUUAAUCAGAAAACCCCAACUCCAGCAGGGAAACUUUCUUCUUGUCUACCAAUUCCAUCUUCAUUAGUUGUUAGCCAUGAAUCAGUUAGUGGCGCAAGGAUAGAAGGUCAUAACCUGACCGCCUUUCCCUCCUUAGAGCCCAGAAGCAGCAUUCAUCUUUUUCACCACUCACAUCUCUCUAUCACCAAUAAAAGAAAGGCUCCCGGUUCUGGUUCGACCUCAAGCUAUGUCAAGGGUAUUGAAUUUGAGGAUCACAUUACUUUCGGCAAAAAAACUUCCUCCAAGGAGAAUAGAGAGCUAAGGUACACAUUUUCUGCUGCUUCUGACUCAUUGAUGGCAUCUAAUGAGAAUUUAAAGAACCUAAGUGCAGAAAGAAACUCCGCUGACGCUGUCCUUCAUACAGUGGAAGAGUUAAAGUCUCUGCUGGCUGCUCGAGAUGGAGAAUUGGAGGCAAGGAGACAAGAGUUAAAUACCAAAACGAAAGAGCUAGAAGCACGGCUAAUCUUGGAUAGUGCUCGAGCGAAAGAAAUUCAUGGUCUUCGUGCCAAAAUAGAGAGUUUGAUGCGGGAGAAAGAUGAGGCGGUAGCGACAGCUGAACGCCUAGAUAAGAAACUCCAAGAAAAUAGAUCAAGAAGCCGACUUAAGAAUGAAGACAUGGACUCAGAAGAUGAAGACAUGGACUCAGAAGAUCUCGAACCAGAUCUUGAAACCAUGUCGCAGGAGCUGAAGAAAUAUAUGCACCUUGACUUGGAGAAGUUCAAAAAAGAUUAUGAGCGUUACAUCUGGGAGUUAAAGAAAGAAAGGGAGCUUGCCAUUACCGCAGCAGUUAUCACCACUCGGUAUCAAGUAUGUCGGAAAUGGAAGAGGCAGGGUACUCUAAGUAGUGAGCUUAAAUUCGCAGCAGAUGUAUACCACAAGCUGCGCUCGUUGGUUGAAAAGGGCGGGAAGAGCCACAUUUACUGUGCUGUAGAAGUGUAUGAGGAGGAGUGGAAGAAGAUUGUUAUUCCUCAUCACAAACCUAAAUCCCCUGUCUCUCGUGGAAAACGUUUCUUCCCCAACAGCCACAGAAUGGACUAAGAUACAGAGGUAAAAUUACAAGGAAGAUAUUUUUGUGUUUCACUGUAGCACAAGAACCUUUUUGUCAU